AUGUCAAUUUUCAAAAAUAUAACUUUAUUAGGCUCCAAUGUUUCAAAAAGUAAUAAUAAAAAACUAAAUGAAAACAGUGGCAUUUUUAUGAAUGAAAAUACUAACAAUACAAAUGCUAAAUGGAAUCCAAGAUACUAUUUAAUUAAAUGUAAAUAUUUUGAAAUGACUGCCAUUGCCUAA